GGAACAAAAAGUGAGGUUAGAAUCAUACGUGCUUAGUAUUUUUGUUUUGAUUUUGAUGAUAGAUAACAUUUGGUUUUUUUUCCUUAUUACUUUAUUAGAAUUAAUGAUGAACAAGGGGGGAAAGAAUUAAAAAGUGUCUCCUGCCGACGGCCGGGACGUAUGCGCCUGCUCCAGAUAAACAUUUUUGUUAAGUAACGCAGAAGUUAGUCCAAAUAUUUUUUACAUGUUGGUGUGGUGUCCUUAACUGUCCAACCCCUUCCCGAAAAUGUCGGGUGAUGUUCAGCCGAGGAAAAGAAAAGACAAAAAGAAAAAGAAAGAUGAGGAAAUAAAUGAUGACAUAAAUAUCCACGUUCACAAAGAUGGCGGCACCGGUGGUAACAUCUGCUCCAAAAUUGUCUUCUUCUUCCUAUUUUCUACCUUAAUUCUUCUAAUCGGGCUUAUUAUAAAGGAAAACCAAGGACUUAAUGAACUAGAAAGCAUAGAAGAAGAAUCUCGGUUUUCACAAAUUUUCGAAGGAUGGAUAGAAGAGAAACAUACAGAACACGAUGAUAAAGAUGAUUAUUUCCCCGAAUCAGAUGAGCAUGAUGACGGUGAAGAUGAUGAUGAAGAUGACGGUUACGGUUCUGAGGAAGACGAUCAUUUAGAAACAACAGAAGAAGUGGAAGAAUCUCAUGAAGCUGACGAGGAAGAAGAAGAUAUAGAGGAAGUUGAAGAAUCUGCUACAAGAUCUGAAGAGGAAGAAACCGUUGAGGAGACAGAAGAGGAUCUUCCUGAUAGUGAGGAAGAGGAGAAACAAACAGAAGAAAUCAGUGAAGAAAAUAUUGCAGACAACAGUGAGGCAGUAGAUAUGUCGGAGGAGGUGGAGGAAAAUGAAGAAGAAGCAGAAUCAAAUAGUAAAGAAGAUGACAAGAAAGCUGAAGAAAGUAAAGAAGAUAAUGAAAAACUUGAUGUUGAAGAAGAAGUACAGUCGAAACAAAAUAUCGAAGAUGAGAUGGACAUACCAAUACAGGAAGUAGAAAAAGAAAUGACUGAAAAGGAAAAAGAGCAACCAGAAGAGAGUAAGGAACCUUCAACGGUGGCUACAAAAAUUGGCGUUGGAAUAGCUCUCCUGACUGUAGCAUACAAUGUUUUCCUUAGAAAACGUUCUGAUUCAACAAUCAAACCAAUAACCCGGACGGUAGAAGACAAGGAACCGACGCCUGAUUUAUCGAGACGAAACACAAUUAUACCACCACCAAGCUUACAAGAGAUUGAACCGGAUUUACCUGAAGCCGAACUCGAUGAAGAAUAUUCUGGAGAUGAAGAGUACAGCGAUGAAGAUAACAUAUCCGAAUCCCGAUCGCCACGAGAAGAAUAUCAAGAACUACGAACCGCUUACUCUAGGUCGCUAUCACCUGAAGGUGACUUUGAAGUCAAAGACAAACACCUAGAACAAGAAGUUUUAGAAGACGAAAUGGAAGAACUCGAACCCGAGGAGGAACUAGAGGAAGAAUUUGAUGAAGAAGUUGAGGAGGAAGAAUCUGAUCAAUACGAUGACGACGAAGAGCUUUUGAAACGAUUGGAAGUGAAAUAUGGAAAGCUAGGAAGAGAAGUAAAUGUAGGGGAUGAGCUACAGUCCGAGUCAGACGGAGAAGAUUAUGAACAUUCAAACAUUACCAGUAAAGAUGAUAGUAAUAGCCGAACCGAUAUUGACGCUGCUGAAGAGCAGCUUCAGAAGAAUGCUGCUUACGCUAACAAACUGUUUGAUAAGCUGCUUGAUAAGUACCCCCUGUCCCCUCGUGUACUCUACGGAAAAGCUAGGGCCUUGGAUAUUAUGGCCGAAGAACACCAAAGCAAUGAUAUACUUAAUAAGGCUCUACAUUUUUAUUCUAAAGCAUUAAAUGUUCCAAAUGUACCUGAUACGUUAUUUCUCCUCAUUGCUGAGAGGUAUAUUGAUAGAGCCACAUUUAUAGGGCAAUACAAAAAAGCUAUUGGCGCACAUUGGCAAUUAAUUGAGAGGUUUCCUGAAAACGUGACACAUUUAAAUAAUUUGGCUGUUACUUACUUAACAAUUAAUAUGCUUGAAGAAGCAAGGUCAGUACUCAAAAAAGUCUUAACAAAGUGGCCCGAAGAUGGGUUUGCUAUGGUUCAUUAUGGCUUUAUAUUAAAAAUGGCUGACAAUGAUUUAGAAGGCUCUAUUGAAUAUUUAGACAAAGGAAUUAAAACCAAAGAUCCUGGUAUUGACGGACGAUUCUUUUUGUACUUGGGUGACUCUCUACUAAGGCUAAAUCGAAGAGAAGAAGCUAAUAAAAUUCACGAGGAAGGUGUAAAACAAAACGUGUUCCUUUCAAAAUACCAAAGAUCUCUCUAUAAUGUCCGCAGAUUAAAAGGCAAACCUUGGUGGCAACCAGAGGACCUUCCAUCUUAUCAAGGAUUUUUUACAAGCCUUAAAGAUAACUGGAAAAAAAUUAGAUAUGAAGGGCUCUCCGCCCUUAACGAACAGGGUUUCUACGAAGACGAAGCUGAAAACCUUAAAGACAAAGGUACUUGGAAGCAACUAGAACUCUUUUCUCGGGGACACAAGUCGAAAAAAAACUGUAGAAAAACCCCGAUAACGUGUGGGUUAGUCCAAAAAUUUUCAGACGCCAGUAGCUGUAGAAGGGGUCAGACGAAGUUCAGUGUGAUACACCCUGGCACGCAUGUUUGGCCCCAUUGCGGACCCACUAAUUGUAGGCUAAGAGUGCAUUUGGGGUUAAAAGUUUCUCCUGGUACUUUCAUUAGGGUUGGAGACGAGACAAGGAGUUGGGAAGAAGGUGAAAUAAUUAUUUUCGAUGAUAGCUUUGAGCAUGAGGUGUGGCACAAUGGAAGUGAAUUUAGACUUGUCCUUAUAGUAGAUGUGUGGCAUCCGGAUUUGACCCCUGCUGAAAAGAAAGCCUUAACCUCAAUUUAAUUACUAUUAUCGUUUGCGCGUGGUUGUUGUAAAUUUAUAAAUAAUGACAUCUAUAUUUUUAAGCCACUUUUGUAUAGUUAAAUAUUCGUUUAAGUUUUUUUGUUUACAUUUGAACAUUUAUAUUGUUUAUUAAACAUUUUAAAUUAC